UCGCACACUUUUCCUUCUUUCACACGUUCUGCUGCUGCUUCUUCUUCUUCUUCUUCUUCUUCUUAUCUCUCUCCUGACUCUCUGGAAUUUCAUCAUCAUUACCUCUUUGAAUCCAUUGAUAUAUAUAUAUAUAUACACACAGAGCUAUAUAUAUACAAUCAUCUUCAUCUCAUAUUGGCCUUGAAUUCCCUAAAUUGGAUCGCUCGUUUCGAUUAUUUUGAUCCGACUCUGAUCCCAAAACAACAAUCUGAAUUUCGAAACUUUAUCUCAUUACAUAUUCCAAUUCGUGUUCUCUAAACUCUGCGUGUUUUCUAAUCUGCUCAGAGAAUGCCCCAAGACUCCUCGUCCGAACCAGACCUGGACGAUCCUGUAGCCGAGUUCGUCGAGUCCGACCCUUCUGGUCGAUAUGGCCGGUAUAAAGAGGUCCUAGGAAAAGGGGCAUUCAAAAAGGUAUACAGGGCAUUUGAUGAAUUGGAAGGAAUUGAAGUGGCUUGGAAUCAAGUUAGGGUUGCAGAUCUUUUACGGAAUUCCGAGGACUUGGAACGAUUGUAUUCGGAAGUUCAUUUGCUUAAGACUCUUAAACAUAAGAACAUUAUUAAGUUUUACAAUUCAUGGGUUGAUGCCAAAAAUAAGAAUAUCAACUUCAUUACUGAGAUUUUCACUUCUGGGACAUUGAGACAAUAUCGUAAGAAACAUAAGCAUGUUGAUUUGAGAGCACUAAAGAAAUGGUCUAGGCAGAUAUUAGAUGGCCUUUUUUAUCUUCACAGUCAUGACCCACCUGUCAUCCAUCGGGACCUAAAGUGUGACAAUAUUUUUGUCAAUGGAAACCAAGGUGAGGUGAAGAUUGGAGACUUAGGACUCGCAACCAUUCUUCGCCAGGCACGUUCUGCUCACAGCGUCAUCGGUACUCCUGAGUUUAUGGCACCGGAGCUUUAUGAGGAGGAAUACAACGAGCUUGUAGAUAUUUAUGCCUUUGGUAUGUGCUUGCUCGAGUUGGUGACCUUCGAGUACCCAUAUGUUGAAUGCGUGAAUGCUGCUCAGAUAUACAAGAAAGUCACAUCAGGAAUCAAGCCAGCAUCAUUGGCAAAAGUAAAGGAUCCUGGAGUCAAAGCAUUUAUUGAAAAAUGUAUUGGAAAAGUCUCUCUCCGAUUGCCUGCAAGGGAACUUCUAAUGGAUCCUUUUCUCCAGUCAGAUGAAGAUAUUGAAAUGAUAGGCCGAUCCUUACCAUUCAAUCCUAAUGCAGCAGAUUCCAAGGACUCUGUUAUUGAGGGCAGUCUCAGUCGAGACUUCAUGGUGCAGGGUCAAAGGAAGGACCUGAACACUAUAUUUCUGAAACUAAGAAUAGCUGAUUCCACAGGUCAUAUUCGGAAUAUACAUUUCCCAUUUGAUACUGAGGUUGAUACAGCACUCAUUGUUGCUAGUGAAAUGGUUGAGGAGCUGGACCUGACAGAUCACGAUGUAUCAGUUAUUGCUGCGAUGAUUGACUCUGAAAUUCGUGCAUAUAUUCCAGAUUGGACACCCACAGAGCUUUCUGGAGUUAAUGUCGAUAGUGAAGUUGCAAUUUCUGAUAGCUCCGCCUUUGAAGGUAAGGAUGUUACUUCUCCGUCCACAGAUGGUUCUGCUCGUUCUACUGGUAGUCUUGUGUUGGAACGAUUGCCCUCAGGUCGGAAGUACUGGUCAGACUCACCCAAAACAGUAGGUGGAAACUCUCCAGUUAUGCCUGGCCCUUCAAACCCGUCUCUGGAAGAUUCAUUGACCCCUAGAGAUAGCUUGACUGAAGAAAAUGAGCAAUGUCAUGGUAGCCUGAAAGCUGGGGAUUCAAAUGAUGCUGCUUCACUUGAACAGCUGAAGGAUGAGCACAUGGUUAAUAUGAAAAAGAAACAAGCCGGUGUGUCCACUGAUUCACAAUUCGAUCCAUGCAAUGGAUCACGCAAAUUGGGGGAUAACAAUGAAACCCUAAGUGAUAUUGAUUCAGAUGGUGCCAGAAUCAUUGCAAAGAAACUUGAGCAUCUGUUGUUUGAGCAGCAAAAGGAGCUAGAUCAACUAAAGAUGAAGAAUGAAUUGGCUGUAUCAGAUCUCAUGAAGGAACUUCCUCUAGAAACUCGUCACAAAGUUUUCAGCUUUUGUAACCUAAAGAUUUCCGACUACAAAUUCUGUUGUCAAAUGCAAUGUUCUACGGGGAAUUCUUCAAAUUAAGGGUCUAAUUCGCAGAUAUGAGUGCUUCUGUAUUACAUUUCCAACUCAACUGUGGAAUAUAACUUGGAUAAAACAGGAGUCCAUGGCUGAAAAACGUAUAUAUCUUCAGAGAGAGGUUGAAUGCUGUGAAGGGAAACACCAAAUCUGGCAUGGGUAUUGCAGCAAGUUUGGGAGACACGGUGCAGGUUAUAGCUUGUGAAAUUUUUUAUGCUUGUGGAAAUCUUCUUUAUAAAAUCAUUCUUGAAGAUCCAGCACGAUCUUUCUUUCCCGUAAGGUAGAAGAUUACACGAUGCCACUGAGGUGAGACAUUGGCUCAAUACCAUUGAUGUCAUAUACGUUUUGCCAAUGCCUAAUGCAUAUUUUACAUGUCAUCCAUACAAAAGUUUAAUAUGCUUGUAGUUUUCUAUAGUUGGUACAAGUCAUCAAAUUUUCAUGGAUUGUAUAUUUGUACAUAUGGUUUAUAGUCCAUGUAUUAGCAACAAGAAAGGUUGAUUGCCUUCAAAAUGUGCCUGCUGAGAUGAACCUUAAUUAUAUCUUUCAGUUUUAUGGAUUUCAUGUUUGCGGCCUUGAAGGAGCAUGUA